ACAGCGUUGCUGGCUCAAAUUGACUUAACUCUCAGGAGCUGAGACACAAUGGAGGAGGGCACGGCUCAGACGCACUGCUGAAAGACUUAUCCCUAUCCUUCACACCGUUUACUUACGCCGGAGACUUCUAUCAGUUUGGAAAGCCGUGCGGUUUUUUUCUUUUCAACUCUUUGUGAUUCGGGACUAGAGCUCAUCUAAUAAGAGGUCAUCAUGCCUCCCACGACCCCAUAUGCUGGGAAGUUCAGCUCUUGCGCUCCCUACAGCAGCAACAACAACCACCCCCAGCCUCACAGCCCAUACCGCAACUGCACUGCCCCAAAGCCAGCAAAGGAAAACAUAUACAACAAUGCUUACUCCUCAGCAGAAAACCCCUAUGACAUACCACAGCCACACAGUUCAUACCGCAGCUCUUCUGUCUCCUCUGUGACAGCAAGGGAGCAUCAUUACAACAGCACCUAUGCCAUUUCAGAGAACCCGUACACCACGUCACAACCUCACAGCCCUCGACAGCACAGCACUUCCUGUCCUGGACGGGCGUAUCGUCACACCAGUGGCAGUAGUGGCAGUGAGCAGUCAUGUCGUAAUAACUCCAUUACAGCGAAAGGCCGGAUUUAUGGACACGGCAUUACUGCUAGCUAUGGGGAGAUGUGUUACCAUGAUAACAGUUUGGUUUCAGCAUCCCUUGAGGCGCUGAUCCAGCACCUUGUUCCCACAGUCGACUACUACCCUGAUAGGUCAUAUGUGUUCACCUUCCUGCUGAGUUCACGCCUCUUCCUGCACCCAUAUGAGCUCAUGACAAGGGUUUGUCACCUAUGUGUGGAGCAGCAGCGGUCUGGAGACACCCUGCUGGAUAAGAUCCGUUUCCGUGAGGUGGCUCCUAAGUUGGUGCAACUACUGACUGAGUGGACAGAGACGUUUCCGUACGACUUCAGGGAUGAGAGGAUGAUGCGCUGCCUCAAGGACAUGACACAUCAUGUGGCCCGAGGGGAUGAGUACUCCUGGCGAGCCAUGCAGCAGAUGACACAGCGGCUGAUCAAACGCCUCUCUGCCCUGGGCCAGUAUGAGGAAGCCGUUGCUGCACUAAAUGCUGUGGCGAUGGAGCGUCCCGCCUCCCUGAAAAGCAAACAGGCCUCUGGACAGCGCAGUGACAUCAUGAGUGUGUGUGAUGACCCUUUUAUCUUGGCCCAGCAGCUCACACACAUUGAACUGGACAGAUUGAGCUUCAUCGGUCCUGAGGAGUUCAUCCAGACGUUUGCCCUGAAGGAUCCUCUGGAGAACCAAAAGGGUUUCUUUCGAAAGCGUAAAACCAGUAACCUGGAGGCCUACGUCAGCUGGUUCAACAGACUGAGUUACCUGGUGGCCACUGAAAUCUGCAUGCCAGUGAAGAAGAAACACAGAGCACGGAUAAUAGAGUUCUUCAUCGAUGUGGCUCAGGAAUGUUUCAACAUCGGCAACUUCAACUCUCUCAUGGCAAUUAUCACUGGUAUGAACAUGAGUCCUGUUGCCAGACUGAAGAAAACCUGGAGCAAAGUCAACACCGACAAGUUUGAAAUCCUGGAGCACCAGAUGGACCCGUCAAGUAACUUCAGCAAUUACCGCACUGCGCUCCGUGGCGCCACACAGAGGUCUGAAACUGCACAUAGCAGUCAGGAGAAGAUUGUGAUUCCUUUCUUCAGUCUGCUCAUGAAGGACAUCUACUUCCUGAAUGAAGGCUGUGCCAGCAGGCUGGCCAAUGGCCACAUCAACUUUGAGAAACUGUGGGAGCUUGCAAAGCAGGUGAGCGAGUUCCUUGUUUGGCGUCAGGUGAUUUGUCCAUUUGACAGAGACAGACGGAUCCUCCAAUGUCUUGUCACCACGCCUGUCUUCAAUGAAGAUGAGCUUCAUCUGGCUUCAUAUGAGAGUGAAGGGCCUGAGAAUAACAUGGAGAAAGACAGUCGGAGGUCUCUCAGAUCUUCUCUGCUGCAUCGAGAGAAUCGUUCAUAAGACUAUGACAAUCUGCCUUGCUCCACAGACUGUAAAUAAACAAGGUGUUUAAAGCUAUAAGUUUCUCCAUUGUAUCUUAUAGAUGGACAUUUUUACACUUCUGUUUCCUGAAGUUGACGAUGUGGGCUAAGACAGAUCUACUGCUGUGCCCAUUCACAAAUUAACGGAAGAUAAUAAAUGCUUUUUGUGCUCUGACACCUCAUUAACCUAAAUGAUUCAUAACCCAGAUGAGAUUGAUGAGAAUCUUUCAGUGCCAAAGAACCUCUUUGUUGGAGUUAGUAAUGUAAUCCUCUGCCUUUAAGCAUUGUUUCAAAACUUUUGAUUCUCAAGGAGAUCCUUGGAUUACUUAUUCAUAUCAAGAGUUGGGCAUCUUCUCAACAGCAGCUCCUGUCCAAGGCACUUACAGGACUUCAGAUGACUGCAGAUGCAGAAAAACACUCUAUGAAAGUAAGAGGAGCUGUUUUUGUCUCUGUAUGAGACAAAUAUGGACUUGGAUGCUUAUUAAACAACAUUAGCACUGCUUCUCUGUGGGCAUCCUGGCUGAGUUUAGUCAGAACCCUCAGAGAGAGGGAUUGAUUAUCAUUGAUUUGUAUAAUAAGAAACAGGCUAACAACUGCUUUUAGAGUGGUGUGGUCUGCAUUGUUGUGUCAUGAGUGCAUGAUUUUAACACCAACACCUUGAGCAUUAGCUGCCUCACUUCCUAGGGUUUUUCCUCUGUUGCAAAUAGCAACAACUUUAAGCUAUUCCACAUUUGAGACUUCUGUCAAGUAUGAACCCAUAAGGCAACUCAAAACAGCCAUGGAUUUCCAUAUACAUUAAGAUAAACUGCAUCCGUCACAUUUUGAGUGGUAUGCACUCUGUAUUGGUGAUAAGAUAUUUGUGCCAUUAGCAACAUCAUGUAAAUCAUGCGAACUGAAUCAAAUGCACUUCAGUGGGUUCUUGUGUAAUGUAAAAUAGAUUUGGUAACCCCUAUUGUUUCUCAACAGUAUUAAGUUGUAUUUUGUAUCUGUGUAAUUCUUUAUGUAUUAUCUUCAAAGUGUCACUUUGAGCUUGUUGCUGGUUGGCUGGCUCUGUUUUCGUAAGCUAUUUUCCUAAUGCAACACCAGAUGUUUGACAAAAGUGUUUUGGUCUGAAUGAAGCAUUAAUGUAUGUAUAUGCAGGUUAAACAGGAGCAGCAACUUCUAUGUUAACACAUCUGUGAGGAUGCAAGUAUGAUGUAUUUCUCAAUAUUUUAUCUUUUCUGAAUGCUAUUUUACCUUUUUUUUUUUUUUUUUAAGGCUCAUUUUGUGUUUCAUUUUAUAAGAGUUUUUAUGUAUGCUUUCUCAAGCUUUUUUGUGUAUCAUUUGUGUAACCGGUCAGGGUACUUGUACUGAAGGUUUUUGUGUAAAGAGAAUUAUAUUUUUCCCCUGAAAUAAACAAACAAAUGAAUAUUU